AUGCAUUUCAGGCUGAUAAAAAUCACAUGGUACAUGAAAUGGAGACUAAGAGGUGAGUUUUGUCCUCAGUUACGUGCAAAGUCAUACAAUAAAGGAUCACCAUGCACCUUUUCACUCUGUCACUUCUCUUGGUCUUUGGAGUUCUCCUGCAGACGUACACGGAAGCCGCGGAGACGGAGAAACCAAGCUCAACGACCCCACACGCCAAGUUGCUGCAUGGCUGGUACGGACGAGGCUACGGUAGAGGAUUUGCAAGGGGAUACGGACGAGGAUACUGGCGAGGAUAUCGCCGCGGUUACCGUUGGUAAAAACGGCCUCGAAGCCGACAAAACUUGCGAAUUACCCUAUAUUUGAUAAUGAUUUGUACCACGUCACACUAAACAAUGAUUACUGCUAAAUAAACCACGGUUGUGCAUCUUCCAAA